AUGACUAAGCGUAAUCAUGCCGUCCCAUGGCUUAAUUGGACCGAAUGGCAAGAUGUUUACAUGUGGUUAUUUCACACGGAUUUAUACAUUCAAGAACGUGGUGUCUCACGUGUCACCUCCUGGCGCAGUCGUGCUCAAUUACCCGUUGCUAUUAAUGCGACAGCCCAAUUAGUAGAGCUUCAGCUUCAUGAGUCAAUGGCACAGCACCAUCAUCAUGCAAUCGGUGUAAGUUCUCGUUCUUAUAUGGAAUUAUGUCUCUUGUAUUCAAACAUUAUCGUACGAUGUGUGAAUGGAUUAGUCGAUGGAUCACAAAAGGGUGCCUAUGCCUUGGCUGUUAGUACAUUGGCACAACGUAUUGGCAUUCCACUAUGGAUUGUCGAUUUGCGCCAUGAGUCGACACAUAAUCAAUUACCAUCAUUGCCAGUAUUACGUUUUGCUGCUUGUCAUUUAUUGUCGUGGCUUAAGGUCAAUUAUUGGGAAGCGCAGGAAAUUUUGGUUCAACAACAGGUGCAUCAUGUGUCACAAUGGCUGUUGGAACAAUUACCACACUUGAAUAUAGAGACGAGGGGUGACAAAGUGCAAGUGGAUACGACACAAGCUGACGUCGAAAGGAUGAAAAUUGAGUCAAAACCAAGCUUGGAUGUCGACACCUUACGGAAUAUUGUAGUGCCACUGCUAGUUGAUGGAAAGCAGUUUCGAGAGCUCGUGACACCGACUGGAUUGCUGUUUCUUCAAGCACCUCAACUGUCAGAGGAUCAAGGAUCAAAGGAUAGUGCUAUGAUUUUCCAGAGAGAUGCAUUUAUUGCUCUAUUGUUGCAACUUCAGCCACUAUGGAGGAGCUUUAGUGCAUCGUUGUUAGCGAGAUUGUGUCACAAAGUAUUUGACGUUAUUUAUGCUCAGAAGUCUCGUUGUUCCAGUAAAGAAGGCAACGCACCAUUUGCUCAGGGUGAUCAGCAGCAAGAGCAUAUUUUUGAGCAGAGUGUAGUCGACAUGACGUUGCAGUGGAUUAAGUUCAUGUUGAGCAGUGAGUAUCGUGAGAGAACAAAGCUUCAGAUUGGACCUAUUGAAGAUUUGUGCCAAUGUGGCGCUGAAAUGCUUGCUCUUGCUGAAAAUCUCAAGUCUGACGAUGCACCAGGAGGUCAAACGAAGCUGUUAGAGCGUUUGCUUGCUGCGUUAAAAGUCGGCAAAGCUGUCAGAAAUCAUUCAACGCUGGCAAUAGAAAUGGCAAUUGCUACUAGUCUAGCAUCUGAGUCAUCCAUAGGUUGGACUCGACUCCCUGCGUGGGCAGAGAGCCCCAUUGGCCUUCGCUAUUGCUAUACAAGUUAUCACAGCUACAACCAUUCUCAAGUGCUUGAGUUUCUGCUUGACGAUGAUAGUCUCAUGCCAAACAGCACGACAUUUGUCGCUUCAGAAGACAAGGAAGAAAAGGGUAUUACCACAACUGACGCUGAUGAUGUUAUCGAUGCGCUCAUGGAGGACCUGGAUGCAGCUUAUGACGCGACUCUUCAGCAAACUCUCGAUUUACAGGCUACUAUUGCUCGUGAUGGCCUUCGACAAGGUAGCAGCACAAUGGUGUUGCCCAAACAAGAGCUUCAACGCAUCCAGGAGCAGAUUGAGAUUUGGUAA